CAGUCGUUCCUCCUUCGUCGUUCCUUCACUGCCGUGCGCUUUUAACGAAAUUAUUCCGUGAUCGCGGAGCAAAAAGAAGCGGAGGUAGACGAAGAAGCGGUAGUUUAUGGCAGGCGAAUAGAAGACGGAGGGUGUAUUCGCAGGAAGCUCCCGGGUUACGGGCCGCGAAUCUGCCCCGACGCGCGCGGCGGCAUCGUCCUCCGGCGGCAUCGUCCUCCUCGAAGAGGAGCCCGGCUUGCGUGGCGCGCGUCGUCGUGGCCGCGGUUGACGGCAGUAGCGGUGGAAGAAGUGGUGCGUCGACGGAGAAGGAGGAGGAGGAGGAAAAGAAAGACGUCGUUCCUUUCGUCGUCCACGAAAAACGAGCCGAAUGAUGUUCAAUUGACAAAGACCGCACAGCGCUAGGAAUGGCCCCCUUCAAUUCCGUCUUCCUGGGUGUCUGGGGAGUGUUCGUUGUCAUUUUGAUACAAGAAUCGACACCCGUUAGCUGGGAGGAAUGGUGGACGUACGACGGUAUUUCCGGUCCUGCCUUCUGGGGUCUUAUCAACCCGGAAUGGUGGCUUUGUAACAAAGGUCGAAGACAAUCACCGGUCAAUCUCGAGCCUACUCGACUGCUUUUCGACCCGAAUUUACAACCGCUUCAUUUAGACAAGCACAGAAUUAACGGUGUACUGGCGAAUACCGGACAUAGCGUGGUAUUUGCCGUGGAGAACGACACCCGUCAUCCCGUCAAUAUCUCUGGCGGUCCGCUCAGUUAUCGUUAUCAGUUUCACGAGAUUCAUCUGCACUUCGGCGCAGACGAUCGCAUCGGCAGUGAACACACCGUCGAUGGACACGCUUUUCCUUCGAGCGACACACACGUAUAUGUAAUAUACAUGAACAAAGUUGACGUUAUCGACCGUAUGAAUUGCACAGGGCAGGCCAUGGAAAUUAAACGUUUCGGGGUGCGCGAACUUCUGCCGGACACGAAGCAUUACAUGACGUACGACGGCUCCACCACGAUGCCGGCGUGUCACGAGACCACCACAUGGAUCAUCCUCAACAAGCCCAUAUACAUCACCAAGCAGCAGCUACACGCUCUGAGGCAAUUGAUGCAAGGGGAUGAAAAACAACCAAACGCUCCGCUUGCAAAUAACUUUAGACCACCGCAACCCCUUCAUCAUCGUCCCGUUCGGACAAAUAUUGAUUUCAAUAUUCAGGGUCCGAAAAAUUGUCCGACGAUGAACAGGGACAUAUAUUACAAAGCCAACAGCUGGAAAUAAUACCCAGCACUGCCGUGAAAUCGACAUUCGCAGUAACUACGCUUUUCCCCGGAACGAGCUGGAACUUCGCUGUAAGGAAAAAAUUGACAUAUCAAUUACAGGCGGGUGACGCCGGGUCACAAAAAAAAAAAAAUAAUUACAGCAGAUAGAACGCGCGAAAGAUGAUCGACGGCGCCCACGGCGUUGAGAUCGAGAUUUAAAAAAAAGAUGCUUCGUUGUACUUAUUAGACGUGAAUUGCCAAGUAUGUUUCCAGUUAAACCAGAAGAAAAAAAAAACAGAUAUAAACCUAUAGAUCACAAGUUAGACGAGAUAAGCUAAUCGUAUAAGAUCUAUUAUUAUACAUAUAUCGGUAAACUAUCGAAAAAAAAGCUAUGACUAUCGUGGCCUGCGCGAAGGGUUGAGAGAUGCAAUUAUAUGUAUAAAAAUUCACGCGCGAUGAAACGCGCGCUAUCGAGCAAAAGUUUAUACUAUAUUCUUGUAAUAAAAGCUUGAAAACGUAGAACACA